AUGGUAUUCUACGACGUCUCUUCCCUCGGUUUUUUACAUACUCUGCUGAGUAUCCAGAGAAAGUCCUACUCUCCUGCAUCAAAUACCUUGCACGUUGUCCUUGUCCACGGUGCCUCAUUGAGAAGUCAAACAUUUCGCAGAUGGAUAUUCAAGAAAGGUUGGGCAUUGACAAGCAAGAAAUUCCGGGCACUUGACAUCAAGUCAUUGAUCCCAACAAGGAGUGCAUUUUCUACUCGCCUCUCCCAGUUCGGCUUCAACUUUUACUCGAUGUUCGUGCCAGACCUUAUGCAUGAAUUUGAGCUUGGUGUAUGGAAGGCAAUCUUCAUUCAUUUGCUGUGUAUUCUAUAUGCUGCCGGUGGUGAUAAGAUCCAGGAGUUUAAUAAAAGAUUUCGCAAGGUGCCAACAUUUGGUCGUGAUACCAUCCGACACUUCAGUGCCAACGUCUCAGCUAUGAAGAAAUUAGCGGCACGAGACUUUGAAGACAUUCUGCAGUGCAUUAUUCCAGUCAUGGAGGGUCUUCUGCCGAAGAGACAUGACAAGAUCAUUGCUGAUCUUUUAUUUGAACUGGCUAACUGGCAUGCACAUGCGAAGUUGCGGAUACAUACUGACAGCACAUUGAAGAGCUUUGAAAAGGUCACUACUUCACUCGCCGCGGCGGGUCCUGAUAUUCCAUUUGGGUUUGUCAGCCCAGACGAGGUUCUUCGAGGAACACAUCUUAUUCCUGCAUUUGCCCAUGGCAAGACAUCCAAGUUACUGCCACAAUCUAUUGCAUGCCAGGAAAGCGAGCAAAAUGAAGACUGGAAGUACCAUUAUGUGAAUAUAUUUGUUGACCGUGAUAUGUUCAUGCGCUACCUAGGUGGGGGUGUUGGCCACAAGGGUGCAGGAGCUUCACAGUACCGGAUGCACAAGGAGAAUGAACACUGCAAUGGACAGGAUAGAGGAGAUGAGGAUGGGGAGAGUCAGGGUGAGUAUGCAAACGAGGAGGAGGAAGGGGACAAGGUGGAUGUGGAUGAUGAAGACGAGGAAGACACAGAUGGUGAGAAUGAUGAUGGAAAGGAGGAGGAGGAGGAGGAGGAGGAUGAUGAUGAUGAUGACGACAAUGAGGUAGGUGAAGAGGAGGGCGACGAGGAAGACAAUAUUGUCGACCUUGGCCCGGAGGAUGGCGAGGAUGGUAAUAUUGUUGGAGGCUUCGGGAUGACCUUAUUAGGCAAUCCGGAGCAUCCAGGUAGUCGGGCGAUAUUCCCCGAUAUCUUAUUCAGCAUCGAAGGAUACAGUAGCUACGAGAACUAUGUGGCAUGUUCUGGACUAGUCUACUGGUGUAGUAUAUAA